AUGGCGGAGGGAAAAAGGAUAGGGCUGGGGCGGGGCUGCGUGGAGAAUAGGGGUGGCGCUGGGCUGAGAGAUUUCGGGGCGAUUAGGAGGUGCGAUGGGAAAUCGAGAGGGGCGAUGGGUCGUCUUCAACUUCGAAAACCCAGGUGGUUGGGUCGUCGUCCACCUCGAAAACUAGGCGACGUUGUGGAGAACCCAUAUGCCGAAUCUGCCAUACGUCCCUGA